CUCUAGGAGGGGCUGCUCCGUCAGUCUGGUCGCUGUUUGUGGUGCUGAAAAGACCCAUUCGUUCCCCGCUUCCCGGCGAUAUCUCUCCAGAAUUUCUCGUCUCAUCCAUUGUCUGCGUCUGCUCCCAGUUCCGGUCCAGCAUGCGAGUCCUGUGGAUGCAGCCGACCGUCGAGCGUGUGUAGCGGGGAGCGGCGGUAUGGAUCCUCGGCUCCUCCUGACUGCUCUGGCUGUCAGCCUCCUCUGCUCCUCACCUGCCGUCGCUGACAGGAAAUACGGCUGCCUGUUUGAAGACGAGCUCUGCACACCCUACGAGUUCUGCGUCAACGAUGGUGUGUUUGGAAGAUGCCAAGAAUUGGCCGGCGCAGACUUGUACACUUACGACAUUUCCUCAUCCGGUCUUCAACGCCUCCGGACUCUCCUGCAGAAGCUGGCUCACAGAGGUUUGACAUGGCAGGACGACAUCACCCAACAGGUCAUCUCCAGAGAGCUCUCCAAGCUGAGGAGCAUCCCCUCACGACAUCAGGGGAUGGACCGGAGUCCCUAUUCGUCCUACAGCAGCUCCCGAAAACUGAAACCUGAGCGAGCCGAGCUCGACAGGAACCUGCACCAGUACCUGACGGACCUCGGCUUCAUGCCGCGUGCUCCGUUCGCCGGGAAGCCUGAAGUCUUUGAGGAAGAUGCACAGAAUGAUGACCAAGUAGAGAUGAGUCAGCCUAAACCUAAGCAAGGCUGGAAGGAGACAACGAUCUACAGCGUUCAUAAAGGAGAUGGACAACCUCCCGUCACCAAAGUCUUCUCAAAGAGUGGCGAGGGCAGACAUCCCAAACUGAGCACCACCUACUCCGACGACGAUGCGGAACAGAACAAACUACUUUCCAGCCACUUGGAAAAGCUCUUUGCGGGGGCUCCCGGUGCACAGCGGGGUGGAACAGAUAUGGAGUCAGCAUGGCCCAAAGGAAAGCUCCACUACCUCAACCAAAUCCAUUCGAUGCUGAGUGACCAUGAAAAGGAGCCACUGCCGAAUAUAGACAAACUGUUGAUGAAGGAGGACUCAAACCGAAUGAUUGCCAAAAAGCCCCCCAGCAUGAUGGAUGAGCAACUCCUGCAUCAUGUGAUGAAGCAGCUGGGGAGCUCCAGCAACAACAUGGACUCGCUGAUGGGUACAAACUUUGGCCAGCUUGAAGAAUUAAUCACAGGGGCUCUGCAGGAGGUGAAUUCUAAGCAGGUUGUGUCUGAAGCCCAGGAGACAGGAGCCCCUGACUCCCCGGAUGACCACAAAGUUUACAAAGCAACAUUUACAAACGACAGACUUCCACCAGACCAAAGUCCAAAAUCGGAAAAAUGGCAAAAGGAGACACAGAGAUUUCAAAAACAAGGCCAACUUCAAGACGGUGUUGACAAAGAGCCUCCUCACAAGCCUCCAGCUUUUUUCUCCAAGCUGCUAGAUUACCUCAACCUGGAGCCCUUUGAUGAGGUUCCAUCCUCCGUAAGUGGGCCACCAGGUCAGGGUGACCUUCAUAAAAUGGUUGGACUGGAGAACGUCCAAAGCCGAACGACACAAGGCCAAGUCCCCGUGUCCCACGGCUGGGAGCAAAAAAGUGAGUCUGUGCCGGCAGAGCAAGGUGCCACACUUCGUUUGACCAGCAGUGCAGGAGGUCCUGAUGCUCAGGUGGACUCCGAAAUAGAGAAGUGGAUGAAAGGGAUUCAGGCUCCAGCCGCAUUGAAGCAGCCAGAGGAGGCGGAAAAGAAGAACAUGAAAAUCAAAACUCAGCUGGUCCAUGUUGGAGUGAAAGAGUUUUCCAGCAGAGGGAAAGACAGACAUUUUGGCUACAUCAUCACCGGCUCAGAUUCACUCACCACUGGCCAGGGUCUGGACCUGAUGGAACGGCUCACGCAGCGGCUGAAGCUCCACGCCGCAGACCUCACCCAGCUCUCUGUUCUGGGUCCUGCGUUGACAUUCCGUCUGGGCUCCAACCCGGACAACGUGAGCACUGCCGAUCUGGUUCAGGUCGCAGUCGAACAGAAGCAGCAGCUGGAGAAGGAGACUGGCCUGAAGAUAGUGGAGGCUGGAGUUAGUGAUAGAGGAAGUUUGACCCAAAUCCCGGUGGUGAAGGAGACCCGGGUGGAGUCGGGCCAGUUCGUGCUUCUCUCCGUCCUGUGCAUGCUUUUCAUCCUCGUGGCUCUGGCCGUGUCUGCCGCUAUCUUCUGCAUCCGUCAGCGGUCACACCUGCACAUGAAAGAGAAGCUGGCCAGUUUGGGAACUGACACCAGCACGGAUGCCACUGCAACCUAUCAGGAGCUGUGUCGCCAGCGAAUGGCGAUCCGGACGUCGGAGCGCGUGGAGCGGCCAGAAACGUUGCGGCACUCCAGGCUGAACAGCGUGUCGUCCCAGUUCAGCGAUGGUCCUGCUGCUAGCCCCUCGACCCGCAGCAGCACCUCCUCCUGGUGUGAGGAGCCAGUCCCGUCCAACAUGGACAUCUCCACUGGUCACAUGAUACUGUCCUACAUGGAGGACCACUUGAAGAACAAGAACCGUCUGGAGCGGGAGUGGGAGGCUCUUUGCUCGUAUCAGGCUGAACCCAGUGGCUGCAGAGUGGGUCGCAGCGAUCCGAACCACAAGAAGAACCGCUCUGAUUCAGUAGUCGUGUAUGAUCAUUCCAGGAUCACCUUGAAAGCGGAGAACAACCAUGGUAACGCAGAUUACAUCAAUGCCAGCCCAAUAAUGGACCAUGAUCCUCGUAACCCGACUUACAUCGCCUCACAGGGGCCACUUCCCUCCACCGUGCCCGAUUUCUGGCAGAUGGUGUGGGAGAGCGGCUGCGUGGUCAUCGUGAUGUUGACCCCGCUUUCGGAGAACGGAGUCAAGCAGUGCCACCACUACUGGCCGGACGAGGGAUCCGACGUCUACCACAUCUACGAGGUGAAUUUGGUGUCCGAGCACAUCUGGUGUGAGGACUUCCUGGUGCGGAGCUUCUACCUGAAGAACCUGCAGACGAACGAGACCCGAACCGUCACGCAAUUUCACUUCCUGUCCUGGAUGGACCGUGGGAUCCCCUCCUCAGCCAGGACCCUGCUGGACUUCCGCAGAAAGGUUAACAAGUGCUACCGGGGUCGCUCAUGUCCCAUUAUUAUUCACUGCAGCGACGGAGCGGGCAGGAGUGGGACUUACAUUCUGAUUGACAUGGUCCUCAAUAGAAUGGCUAAAGGUGCUAAAGAGAUUGAUAUUGCCGCUACCCUGGAGCACUUGAGAGACCAGAGGGCUGGAAUGGUCCAGACAAAGGAGCAGUUUGAGUUUGCGCUGACAGCCGUGGCAGAGGAGGUGAACGCCAUCCUGAAAGCUCUUCCUCAGUGAAGUCAUCGCCCCGAUCCAUCUCAUCCUCGCUCGCUGAGCAGCAGUUCCGCUGCCCACUCAAAGACUGACACACUCUGCUCCACCUCUAUUUGAGAUCUUUGCUUAUGAAUGUAGUGCCACAUGUCUCAUGGGGAUCCAUAUCAGCUUCAUCCUGACAUUUUGAAACCUGUCCUCACCGCUGCAGGAGAAUAACAAGUGAAUCAGUGAAAGCUCAGCCGCAGAUGUUAUUGGUCGCCGUGUGACACAAACGCAGCUCAGAAAUCACCUUCAGCUCAGAGAGAGGGUGAGGCACGUUUUCCUGAUGAAUCCAAAGACUGGUUACAGAACAAGUCCAUUUAAAUUCUGACACAAUCAGAAGAAGCCUGAGCAGAGCAGCGUCUAUUUAGGCAGGACGUUCUGGUAAACACAUGAAGAAGUUCCGCCCGCUCGUGUGCCAUUAUCCCAAUUAAGAGGCUCUGAAACAGUCCAGCUUGCACUGCGAAUUAAAAUGGACACCAAACGGAGCGAAGUGCAAAUGAGAAAAUACAACGCUCAUUACUGAAAGUUCACACUCAGAUCCUGAAAUGUGAACUCCAGAUCUCCUAAGGCUGAAAUUGCCAAUGAAUUGGCUUUGGGGAGGAUUUCCCACCUACAAACAGUUUGGUGUUCAACUUAAAUGCAAGGCUGUCUGUUUCGCCCCCACAGGAGUUAGCUUAGCAUUAGCCUGCUAGCUUCCACAGUCAAGACAUGCAGUAACCAGAGAGCAUUUACAGCACAACAUUAGCACCCACCCGGAUCUCUGUUGAAAACAUGAACAUCUAUGAGCUCUAAGUCAUGAGGAAACCUGCGACCAGCUUAUCUCUUUCACUGGUGGAAGUACUUUUGCGCUUUCAAUAAAUGCAAGCGAGUCAACAAGCUAAAAGAUGAAUCCAUUCUCCUGGGACGCUCCUGUUUCUAGUUUCACCAGGGGAACCUUCUAAGGCUAACAGGAAGGUAUCAGGAGUCUUUGCAGGGCUUUGCCUUCUCCCAGUUGGAAGUGCCCCCGUCAGGGAGGCGUCCUCUGAUGUGAGGGACCAAGCCAAGACCAGUUGAAAAGACAUUCAUUUUUUGAAAAACAAGCAUCAAGCCUGAGCUGAUGUGGGACACCGGGCCAAGAUAGUAUGGCCCUGGUGAGACUGGGCUGCCAUCCAAGGGGCCUGGCCCAGCACAGACGCGUGGAUCCAUCAGCUUGCAAUAGUUCUGGUUCAGUAACGCUCGGGCAUCAGUCCAGAGUGGAGGCCUUUGCUGCCCAGUCCCUGGACUUCUGCUCACAGUCAGAUCAAAACCUUUUUCUUUUUCAACCGAGUCACAGAACAGGACUUGGGUAGAAACUCCAAAACCUUUGGUCACUUCAGUCUCAACUUCACAAUCAUCUGUGAGGACAUUGAUGAAGGGACAAUAUGACUCACUGCUAGUGAGAAACAGCAAAAUAUCAUGGAAGUUUCUCCCCAUGCGCCUCACCUGGGUCAGGGGUUCCACACUGGAUCUUCCCAACACCUGUACAACCAGCCUCCGGUGUCAUCGUGAAUACGUGCUCUCGCUUCAUUCUCUUCUCACAGAGAAGCAAACCACUACCCCCCCACCCCAAGCCCCGCUUGCGUUCCAGUCGCUCGGCCCCCGUUCAUCACCACCUCUGCUGCCGUGAGAGUCAGACUCUGACGUCAUCUUCACCUCAAGUGCAAGUUGUCUGUGAACACCCUGUUCUAGUUCCAAUGACCAGCUGUGAACGUGAUGUCGAGUGACGGCUUUUAUCCCAAAAUGAUAAAACAAAUAUUGACCAUUGGAAUCUGUAACGGACAUUUUGGGAAUAAACUCCUCACAUGUUUCUUCUUUGUGCUACUAUAUAUAUAUAUAUAUAAUUAUAUAUACUCAGCAUCACACGUGUAGAUGUUGCUGUAUUAGGUCUCAGACAUCCAGAACUACCCGAACUCCUCAUGAAGAACAUAUCAGGUGUUUUCUUUUCCUCACGGGUUUUCGCCACUGUUCAGAUUAAAUGUUAUAGAUCUAUACCGACUAGAGCUAGUUGUUGUCAUAUACAGUAUCAGUAGAUACUGAGAUAUUUAAGCAGAAAUAAAGUUGUCGCUGCAUUUGUUUGUCGAUUCAUAUUGUGUUAUCGUGCAAUAUGACAGAUUAUUCCCUCAUGUAAAGAAGAAGAAUGAAUCAAUUAUAGUGGGUCGUCUCAUCAAUAUACUCGAACGGCCGCCAUCAAAACUAUAUAUUUUGUGUGAACAUUCAGAUUGAUAAUAAAUCAUAACAG